UGGUAGCGCGCCUCCUCCCCGACCCCGACCCAGACGCCCCCUUCUCCCCCUUCUCGUCCCCGCGUCUCUCCGGCGGCCAGCGACCCUCUCCGGCGAUGACGGUUCCCCGUAAGCAAGCGAAAAUGGUGGAGCUUGAAAAAGAAGAGGACCCCUUGGUCCACGACGAACCCAUGCUGGAUGAUGAUGAUACCGACGAGGACUAUGUGGAGUCAGAGGAUGACGAUUCAGAGGAAGAAUUGCAGGCUGAACCUUCAAAGAAGGCCGUGUACAACAAGGAGGGGCUCCUUGAGAAGCUCGAGGACAUCGCCUGGCCGGAGAAUGUGGACUGGAUGCACAAGCUCACCGUCGACCAUGACCAAGGGGAGAAGGUCGAUGUGAACGACGAUCUUACCCGCGAGCUCGCUUUCUACACCCAGGCUUUGGAUGGCACGAGGCAGGCCUUUGAGAAGUUGCAGUCCAGGAAGGUCCGGUUCCUCAGGCCGGCAGAUUACUACGCGGAGAUGGUCAAGACUGACACUCACAUGCACAAGAUCAAGGGGAAGCUCCUGUUUGAGAAGAAGAAGAUUGAGGAGGCUGAGGAGAGGAAGAAGGCGCGAGAGUCGAAGAAGCGAUCGAAGGAGGUGCAGGCAGAGAAGCUCAAGGAGAGGGCCAAGGAGAAGAAGGAGAGCAUCGAGUCGGUCAAGAAGUGGAGGAAGCAGAGGCAGCAAGGGGGAUUUUCCAAGGGGAAGGAGGACGGGCCAAACCUGAACUUUGAAGUUGAAGAGGGACUCAAGCAGCACAAGAAGCAGAGGCCUGGCGUUUCUCCUGGUGACAGGUCUGGUGGUCUUGCUAAGCGGGGUAAACAAGGAAAGAACCAUAGGUCAAAGGAUUCCAAGUUUGGUCAUGGCGGUCGCAAAGGGAUGAAGAAGCAAAACACUGCUGAGACGACGAAUGACUUCAGAGGAUUUAACAACCAGAAGGGCGAGUCAGGAAACAAGAAGAGGAAGAUGUUUUGAUACAGUGUUGUAAGAGUCUGUCCCUGCUUCCUUGUGACACUAUUAUAUUCUUGUCUUUAUGUUAUUCCGCUGCAGUACUACUCUAUCACUAGAUGCAAAAAUUAGCUGGAUGUAUGGAAUUUGGGGAGGCAGCCCAAACACAAGACAUUUAUCUUUAGCUGUGCUAUUCUCCAUAAGAUGCGGUGUCUUUUGCAUUUAA